AUGUCCGGCUACGGUUUAAAGCGUUCUUAUGGCCUUGCGGGUUUCGUCGAUGUCCGUAAAAGCCUCUUUAAGGUACUUGACGAAAGUUCGGUAGUCGUUAAAGACUUCCUGGGUUCGAUCGGUCUAUUCCUAUUGCUGUUUUUCCUAACGUUCUCUUUUUAUUGGACGGAACUAUUUUUCCGCUGCGCCGCGUAG